CCCGCAAGCAAACAGCGCACACUCACAAUCCUCAAUUGUAAGCGAUCAAAAUGACCGAAAUAAUUAUUAUUAUUAUACUAUUCAUCUGUUGCUUUCAUUCAGCAGCAGCAAGCAUUGAAUCCUGCACGCCGCAAGAUUCUCUCAUAGACAAGGGCCUCAGAAAACUCCUACUAUCGCACCAAUUUCUCGAAGUCCCGCUUCCGGACUUCAUGAAUAGUGCUCCAGACGAAAAUGGUUUUAGAAUAGGCUUUUCCAAUGGCCGACUUCGGGGAUUGAAUACUAUCAAGAGGAGUGGACACAGCUAUGUUAGUGCUGAUAACGAUGGAUGUAGGCUUAAUUUGCACAUUGAAGGUGGACCCGUGGAAGUUUCUUACGUCGCUGGCUUCAACUCGUCGUUUCUGCGACAUAGUUUCGGCACAGCUGCGCAUUUGGCUACCUUUCGGGCGUCGCUCAGCGCUGAAGACUUACUUUUGCAGGCCUUCACCCAACCACCUUCGUAUUGAGGUCUACGGAAUGCGGAUGUCCAGAAUACGCCUGCUUUUGAACAAUGCGAGCUUCAGUGGUUUCAUCUACGACUAUGUCAUCGACUAUCUACGGCCGUAUGUGGAAACAAAAGUUGCUCAGCUCCUUGCUCGGGAGCUACGUAACUUUGCUGUGAAGGCCUUCAAAACCGUCAGGGUCUACACUGCAAGUAGCGAGGACGAAGACAUCUUCGCAGAGGAAUCAGUGCUGAGCCGCACUUGGACCAAGGCUCUCGGAAGUGCCGCCAGCUACCUCGCUUUGAUUCGUGGCCAGCACCCUGGUGGUUCACGUAGUGGCGGCAGCGAUGAAGACGUCGCUCCAAGGAGGCCGCUGCCAGAAAGGCAAAGGAGACCUCGCAGCGCAGAAGUGGAGCGCGAACGUGGAGUUUUCGACGGCUGUCUCCGUACCUUAACCCUUUCCAGAGGGUUCGACCCGGUAUCGCUCCCACAAGAUAUCGGAGACCUCAAUUUUUCCUUUGGACGCCUCGCCGUAUACGAAGGCAACCUGACGGGCUUAUCGAGCGUCUACAGGAGCGGUGACUGCGCGCUUGUUCUCGGCGAAUGCGGCCUGGCAGUACGUCUGAAUUUGGGAUUUGAAGAUCUGUUGGUCAGAGCUGCGGCUGCGGUCUACGAACGUUCCCGCACCAGAACUGCAAUGUUAGACGUCCACAUUCCUGCCGUGGAGUUGGCCCUAGACAUUGCCGAGAUAAACAACCAACUGCGAAUUAUUUCCUACCACAUGGAAUUCAUGGGACCGGUCAAAGUGACGGCGCCAAGCAUUGCACGAGAUGGCUCGGUAAACAUUGUGAGCGUUUCACCUGAAGUCGUGCUCAGCGAACAGGACCUGGAGGAGCUGAAGUCAGCUGUCCACAAUAGUCUGCAGCAAUUUUUGCCUACUGCAGAAAGCUUUAUUUCCGAUCCACUGCUUCUGGAACCAUAAAGUAUACAUCGUAGACUUGGCGAUUUCAAUAGAUGUGUACAUAUCGCAGAUGAAGACUUCUUAUUCUUCACUUCAAGUAUUUCUACCCCAAAGCAUUUGCAUAUACGUACACUUACUGUGUUUGUGGGCUCAAGGUUACUGAUAAGUUCGCGACAACGCCCUACUGUGAACGAGCAGUAAAUCUACACUCUUGGGAAGCUCCUAAUCACAGCGUAUUAACAAUAAAUAAAUGAUUCUCCUUUUAUCAGUACGAAGGAGCCUCCACUUCUCUUAAAUACUUGAGCGGAUUGUACUCGCAAGUUAGGGACCAUAACGCAAUAUACCUGCAGAAAAUGUUCGUAGAUUGUGCAAAAAUACUCUGCGGCUGUAAAACGGCAAUAAUGCCGGAUAUGCUGCGACAAAUAAGCCUCAAGCGUUUUAUUGAUUUCAUGGAAGAUGAAAAAUGUUGGAAAACUCAAAACUCACCUUUGGUAUGUCGGUUGCAAAAUCAUGACAUAACGCUACAUCAGUCUUGAUGUUAACUAGAACAUAUUAACUUCUUAGAAAGUUACCACCAUGUAAUGCUCCUUAACUAUGAUAGCGCCGAGCAUUGAACAAAAGAAGUAGUUCUCUUGCUAUAAGGAAAUCAAUUACCAUAAAUUUUAGGUCACAUUUUAAUCUCUAAAAGUAACGCAUGUUCCCUAUCAUUGAAUUUAUUGUAGGUUAUCUAGAUUUCAAUAAAAGUUCCAAAUCAACGCCCAUGUAUAGAUAACCUACGUUAUUACGCUGUCGGUUUUUAAGUAUAAAACUCGCGUCAUAUCUACAUGCGAGACUUCGCAACGAUUGCACAGUUUCUCUGUUGAAAAUGUACCUAUUUGAACAAGUGCACAUGAACCUCACAUUGCACGCCAAAAAUAGUAUUGCGGUAUUGUAGCUAUUUUAUUCCUCCACGUAACAUAUGUACAUGUACUUUAUUUGCCCCGCUGUGAGCAUUCUGUCCAUGUAUAAUGGCAGUGCUGAGAUUCCUUCGGGCCCUCGCCUGGUUUUUAUUCAUACAGCUUACAUUUGUCUUUGUCUCUUACAUAAAAAUAAAACGUCAAUUUGUGUUUUUCGAUGAUUCUUCAAACCUACUCCCCGUGUGCCAUUCACUGUUCCAACAGGAAGCAGGU